CCCCGGCCCCGGUGCCCCGGAGUGGGGACACCGCCCCGGGCCCGGCGCUCUUCGGGCACCGCGGGGCUGGUUCCUCACAGCGUCGCCCAGAGAGCCGGGCAGGGGAGGGAGCUCACCCUCCGCCUGCCCCCGGGGCGGUGCUCCGGUGCCUCCGCCCCUCACCGGCUGCCCAGUCCCACGGCAGCCGUUCGCACCAGAGCCGCGGCCUGGCCCUGCUCCGGCACGCCUGGUCCCCGCCCCGUGCGCCGGAUACCGGGGGGGUUCGCGCUUCCCGCCGGCUCCCGCUGCCCCGCGAUGCCGUCCAACAAAUCCGUGUCGGACGCGCCCAUCGUCCAGUUCACCAACUGCCGCAUCCUGAGGGACCACCAGCUCCAGAGGGAGGACCUGUGGGUGCGAGAGGGGAAGAUCCUCAACCCAGAGAAACUCUUCUUUGACGAGAAGGGCUCUGCUGAUGUCCAGCUGGACUGCAAAGACAGCAUCAUCGCCCCGGGCUUCAUUGAUGUCCAGAUCAAUGGAGGCUUCGGGGUGGACUUCUCUCUGGCUACGGAUGACUUCAAAUCAGGUAUUGACCUGGUCAGUCAGAAAAUUCUCUCCCAUGGAGUGACCUCUUUCUGUCCCACCCUGGUGACCUCUCCUCCAUCCGUGUACCACCAGGUUCUCCCUCAGAUCAGUGUAAGAAACGGUGGAGCCCAUGGAGCAGGAAUCCUGGGAGCCCACCUGGAAGGGCCGUUCAUCAGCAAGGAGAAGAAGGGUGCUCACCCAGAGCACUGCCUCCGCACCUUUGAGGCAGGUGCCUUCCAGGACCUGCUUGCCACCUAUGGCUCCCUGGACUGUGUCCAGAUAGUCACCCUGGCCCCUGAGAUGAGGAGGAGCAGUGAGGUGAUCCAGGAGCUCACCAAGCGGGGCAUCUGCGUCUCCCUGGGUCACUCAGUGGCCAAUCUGUCCCAGGCUGAGGAGGCUGUGCAGCACGGAGCAACCUUCAUCACUCACCUCUUCAAUGCCAUGCUGCCGUUCCACCAUCGUGACCCUGGCAUUGUGGGGCUGCUGACAAGUGACAAGAUUCCUGCUGGGCGGAGGGUCUUCUAUGGCAUGAUUUCUGAUGGCAUCCACACCAACCCCGCUGCCCUGCGCAUCGCCCACCGAGCCCACCCCAAAGGCCUGGUGCUGGUGACAGAUGCAAUUGCUGGCAUGGGGCUGGCACCGGGUCGGCACACGCUGGGUCAGCAGGUGGUGGAGAUCGAUGGGCUGAACACCUACAUUGCAGGCACAAAGACCCUCAGUGGCAGCGUGGCAACCAUGGACACGUGUGUGCGACACUUCCAAGAAGCCACAGGGUGCUCGGUAGAGACCGCGUUGGAGGCGGCGUCUCUGCAUCCCGCUCAGCUCCUGGGGAUUGAACAUAAAAAGGGGACACUGAAUUAUGACUCCGAUGCAGAUUUCCUAAUGCUGAAUGACAACCUGUAUGUGCAAGCCACGUACAUCGCCGGCGAGGAAGUCUGGCGACAGGAUGCGUCAGCUCCCUCAAAGGAGCCUCAUACCAAAGAGCUGCAUUUUCCAGCUUCCAGUUACAGCCAUGCCUGCCACGAAUUUGUUGGUGCUCAGUUGGUGGCAUGGGGAGAGAAGGCAGCUCUCGCUGGCAAGGAAUGCCAGUCCUGGAGUGACCUAUGGGACUGCACAGCUGUCCUGCCCCCAGACAGGUGCUCCUGUUGCCAUCUGACAGCAGUGUGGAACUGUCCCAGCCUUUGCACGGUUUAUACAGCACACACUAACCUGCUCUGCACCCAAGGCAGGCUCAAGCCAUUCCCAUUCCUCUGCCUGCUCUUUGCUUCGCUCCUGGGCAGCCAUGACUUGUUAGACAUCAGCUUCCACCAGCUCAGCUCACAGCUCUUCCCGUGACAAGGUUUCUGUUGUGUCAGCAGAAGCUGAGGAUCACGUCUGGAUCUCCUGACAGCCCUUCUGUCGUGUGUCCUCAGCACAAGGCUGCCACAGCUCGCUGACUCGGUGCCGCUGUGGGGCUGAAUCCUCAGGGCAGAGAUCAAACCCAGGAAUACCAAGGCAUUGCUGGUCCUUUGUGCCUUUUCCCUGCAUGGCCAUUGAGUCCACAGAGCUGGAGACAUGGACAGCAUCCUGCCACAGAAAACAAUGUUCCUUUCACUCCUUGCUCUGUCUGGAUGGGUUCUGCAGGCUCUGUGCCAGCCAUACCAAGAAGAGCCUUUGCAUCACCUGAUGGGUUUGUGCAUUCCUCAGGCCACGGAUGGGGAGCUUUUGCUUUAGGGGAUGCAUCCAGACUGGUGGUGACAGGCUCGCGAGCCCUCAGUCCAGCUCAGGCACUGAGGGAGAGGAAAAUUGCGGUGGGAUACUGGCCUGUCAAGACAGAUACGAUGGCUCAUUAUUUUGUGCUCAUUAUCUUCUCCAAUACUUGACUGUCAGCUUUUUUCCUGACACUUGGACUAUUGAAUGCAAGGACUGAUGCCAAUUUUGACCCUACUCGACCACUCCGAAUAAACCUCGAAAUAAAUCUCAAGACAACGUUG